GUCGGGACUUCGGGCUCUAACAUUAACGCAUUAUUUACUUUCUCCUUUUCGUAUACAACCAGCAUGUGGAUUUAAAAAUCUUUCAGUUAUCAAAACAAGUUCCCCGGACAGCUGGACGUGAAUGCACAUUUGUAGACGCGGUCUGACCUACUUUCAGCGAUAUCGUCUGCGCGUUAUGGCUGAACAUCACGUCCGAGAGUAUGUGAAGAGGGUCGCCUCUAUAGACAUUGAGAACUAUCCGGAAUGGGAUCUGACGAAACCGCUCCCGAAACAACCGGUACCAGAUCUGAAGCAAACCCUAGAAACGUACCUUACCGUGACGAAAAGCGUCGUUUCGCCUGAGGAAUACAGGAGAACAGAAAUACUCGUUGACGAUUUUCGUCGCGAGAAAGGGAUUGGUCAAGUGUUGCAAGAGAAACUCAGACAGUUUGCUGAAACCAAGGAGAACUGGGCGUACUCGUGGUGGCUGGACGACAUGUACAUGAGGGCCCGCCUGCCCCUCCCCGUCAACUCUAACCCCGGCAUGGUCUUCCCAAGGCAACACUUCGAAACACGCAGACAACAACUCAGAUAUGCAGCUAGAUUGAUAUCCGGAAUUCUGGAUUAUAAAACAAUUAUUGACGCUAAGGCCUUGCCUGUGGACAGGUGUCGCCACAAGGAAAAGGGUCAGCCCCUGUGUAUGGCCCAGUACUACCGGUUGUUCACCUCCUACCGCCUGCCCGGCCACCCCAAGGACAGUCUCCUCAUCAGCGGGAUGGACUCGCACCACAUCAUUGUCGCCUGCAAAAACCAGUUUUUCGUCCUUGACCUACUUUUAAACUACCAACGGCUGAGUGAGGACGACGUGUUCACCCAGCUGGAAAGGAUUGCCGAUAUGGCCGACGAGGGGGCUAAAACCGCCAAACCCGUAGGACUUCUCACCGCCGCCGACAGAACCACCUGGGCACACGCACGCGAGGAUAUGAUGAGAGAUAUGAGCAACAGGGAGUCCCUGGACCUGCUGGAGAGGUGUAUGUUUGUGCUCUGCCUGGACCGCGGCAUCCCGAUCUCCUUCAACCACCAGCGCAGCGUGGACGAGACCAGCCUCAACGUGCGCGACGACGUUUCGCUCAUUUUACAGAUGCUGCACGGCCAGGGAAGCUCCGUCAACACGGCCAACAGGUGGUUCGACAAAACUAUGCAGUUCGUCAUAUCACGUGACGGUUCCUGUGGGCUUAACUACGAACAUUCCCCUUCCGAAGGAAUAGCUGUGGUCCAACUGAUCGAACACCUUCUCAAAUACAUGCAAGAAGUUCACGAGAAGAAGUUGCGGCGGAUGCAGUCUAUAUGUGAACUUCCGCAGCCGCAGCAACUUGAGUGGUCGGUUUCACCCGGGGUGGAGGGGACCAUACAGGCAACCAUGGAGAAUAUUGACAGGUCUAUACGAGACUUGGAUCUGUAUGUUCUUCGCUUUGAUCACUUUGGGCGCGAAUUUCCAAAGAAGAACAACAUGAGUCCGGAUUCCUUCAUACAACUUGCUCUUCAAUUAACCUAUUACAAAAUACACGGGGCGCUUGUUUCUACAUACGAGAGCGCCUCCACGCGGCGGUUCCGCCUGGGUCGAGUGGACAACAUCCGGGCGAACUCCCCCGCGGCGCUUGAGUGGGUCAAGGCCAUGGUCGCUAAGAACGAAUACACGGAUCACGAGAAGAUGGCAUUGUUGAGGAAAGCGAUGGGCUGGCAGACACAAACUAUGACACAGACCAUCCUGGGUCAAGGGUUGGACUGUCACUUGAUGGGUCUGCGGGAAAUGGCGGCGGAAGUGGGACUGCCCGUCCCCGACAUAUUCACAGACGAUACGUACCGGAAGUCCAACCACUUUACACUCUCCACAAGCCAGGUAAACACCACAAUGGACACAUUCAUGUGUUAUGGCCCAGUUGUUCCUGACGGAUAUGGAGUAUGUUACAACCCGCACCCAAACGACAUUAUCGUCGUCAUAACCGCGUUCAAGUCACACGCCGAAACCCAAUCAGACUACUUUGCGUACACGCUUGAAGGGAGCUUACUGCAGAUGUCCGAGCUAUGUCUGAAAACGAAUCAAGAGCAUGAAUUUGUUGCAGAUAAAGUAAGAAACGCUUCCCUUCAAAAUGGUCCGCUUAGCAAUGAAUCUUUGGAAUUGCCGGCGAAAAAAGGCAGACACCUUUUGCAUCAACAUGGAACUGACAUUGUUCAAUCAAACGGCCAUGCAAAGAAAGACUUGGAAUAAAUUAUCUUAAUCAGAUAAUUGCAUGUGGAACUUUAUGCUCCUUUUCUGCUUUAUAUCAUGUAGAAGUUUGUUUUCGUUAGUACCAUUGACUUUCGUUUAUUUUUUUUGGCAUUUCGUUGAAAUGUGUAACCAUGAUCUCACUAAUAUUGCAAAAAAUAACUAAAACAAAGAGCAUACAGGCUGAUUGAAUCAAUCAAUGGUAUGUAUAGUUUUAGAAAAUCUUACAUUCAAGCUUACCAUAGCAUACCCCUUUAGCAACACAUAUAACCUUAUUGAUCCACCAUGAAGCCAUAUGACCACAACGGCAACUUAUAGACGGGACUCUACGUACCAACCAGAUCCGUAUCAGACAUGUUUCAUUCGGACAGAGAAAGAGACAGACAGACAAACACAUAUUUGCCUCCCAUUCACGAUUUCGGUGCGGGAUAUUGUUUAGUUAGGCUGUGCCUACUAUUACAGUAUUACAUAUUUAGUCAUUUUCUGUUUACAUGUUUCGCAAUGUACAGUUUCAGGGGAUAUCAGUUGGUGCAAAUUGGUGAUAUCAGGCGAAAAAGUGUUCAAAAUACGCAUCUGAUAAUACGUUUCUGUUACCUCGGUAAGAAACAGCAUGUCAUAGCAGUGGUAUUCAUUUGAUUUUUUAAACCGCUUAGCAUAUGAGACACAUCAUAUACAUGUACAUGUAUGUUCUGGUUGUGUUAACUUUAAGAUCGAAGCCAUUACUGGCGUCCACACAUACACAUGUGUAUAUAGUGUUUUACAACAAACCUUUCAUCUGCCGUAUACACCAUAGAUGUACGGUUAAAAACUGAAACGAAGUUAAAACACAUUGGCGUAAAUUAUUUCCUAACCAAUACCCUGGUCUACGAUGUUACGAUAGGAUGUUACAAUAGGAUGUCUUUUCGAUUUAAAUGAAACUUUUUUUUAUUCACUGCAAUGCUGUCUCCCUAAGCCUGCCUGUGUUGAGAUGUUUGAAUGAUCUCAAUGUUAGCAUUAUCAUAUUUUAAUAUUGUGCAAUCUAAUCAUGGUUUUGAUCUUAAAAUGGUUUGUUUUAAAACAUUGACCUCACCGUUCUAUAAAACUGUUCGAAAUUGUAUUAGUCGUGUGAAUAUUGUCUACAAGACAUCGAGUUCAAGACGUUCAUUGUUUUGUAAAAAACAACAACCCGGAACUACAUGGAGUUCACAUAUAUGGAAACCUAUUGUCAAACAGCAGUUUUAACAUCCAAAUUUCAUGAAACAAACAUUGCAUUCAAAUCAACACAUCUUGUUUCUUUUCUUAUUUCCAUUUACUAGAAAAUUAGUAUUGGAUAUCUUUUCUUAUAGUUAGAGGUAUUGUUUGUGUAGUCACAUAGUGUCGCUAACUGUGGCCCUGAACAAAUUAAAUACCUUGAAGGUUGUUAUUUCAAGUUUCAUUGUGUACAUUGAAAAGUUACGUAGGAUUUAUUGCUGCGAUUAUUGUUAACGUAUUAUUGUAGUAAAACAUACUUGUAUUUUGGUGUGUUCAUUGUUAUAACCAAGUUAAGAAUUAUAUAAACGAUUAUUAAACGCAAAG